AUGAUUUGUCUCUCUAAGGCAGACGAAUCUUACUACCAGCGUUUGACCUGGAACCAGGCUCCUUCGCCCUUGGCUGCUAAGCAUACUACGCGCCAGGAUCUCAAUGGCAUCUCCAAUCUUCGCGAACACGUCGACGCUGCCCAGGAUGAUGGAAGUGGAGGGACGGCUGGGGGCUUACUGAAUGGGCACGACGAUAGUAAUCAAGCAGGGAAUCAUCUUACAGAGCCUUUCAAAGGCUCUAUUAAGGAUGCGGGACGACUGUCCCGUAUCUCGGGACCGUCCUCGUGUCUUAAGACGGUUGAUGGUGGUGAUGGCCAUCUCCGUCUUCAUCGAGGCACUCUCUCGUCAUGUGCCUCGCACAUCUGGAGUUGGACUGUUUGGGUCCUCUCUGUCCUUGUCGUCUCUACGAUCAUCUCUUACUGGAACUCCCCUGCGCCUGCUGUCAUGACUUCGCCACCCAAGGUUCAAGAGUCGAUUCCCGCCCAAGUCUCGCCUCUACGCAAGCGAGCUAGCACCUGCGAAUCUGGAGGCGUCAACAAGGCUGAUUACAACACUCCUCUUCAUGUCGGCGCACUCUUUAUUAUUUUGGGUGUUUCGACCCUCGCUUGUGCAUUCCCCAUCAUGGCUGCCAAGUUCCCAGGGCUGAGGAUCCCGACUCGCUUCUUCUUUGCCGUCCGUCAUUUCGGUACUGGUGUGCUGAUCGCCACAGCUUUCGUCCAUCUCCUCCCAACAGCCUUCAUCUCUCUUGGUGACCCUUGUUUGAGUAGCUUCUGGAACACAGAUUACCAGGCUAUGCCUGGCGCUAUCGCUCUUGCAGCUAUCUUUCUUGUCACUGUGAUUGAAAUGGUGUUCCACCCCUCCCGACAUGUUUCUCCCGCUCAGAUUACCACACCUAAGGAAGGAGGUGCUUCUUCAAACAGCGGCGGUUGCAUGGGGGGUACAGGUAUGCUCCCAAUUCGGGACAUGGGACCUAUCCGUGGACGAUCAUCAAGCAUUGGCCAGAAUCUGUCUGCCCUUAACAGCAGGGACGUUCGUAUGGAGGAUCUGGAAGAGGAAGCUUGCGAAGAUGACGACAAUGUCCAAUCCGGAAGAAAGAACCUCGAGGAGACGAGCCUCGAGGCUGUACAGAUGCCAGUUCUGACCCCAGAGCAGCAGCAACGCAAGGAGCUUCUCCAGUGUGUUCUGCUUGAGCUUGGUAUCCUCUUCCACAGCAUCUUUAUUGGUAUGGCGCUUAGCGUUUCGAUCGGCAACGAGUUUAUCAUUCUUCUGAUUGCCAUUGUCUUCCACCAGACUUUUGAAGGUUUGGCGUUGGGCUCCCGAAUUGCUGCCAUCAAGUGGCCCCAGGGUAAACUGCAGCCUUGGUUCAUGGCCCUCGCCUAUGGAUGCACUACCCCUCUGGGACAAGCCAUCGGUCUUGCCACCCACACUCUCUACAGCCCCAACUCUGAAACUGGGCUCAUCGUGGUGGGCGUCAUGAAUGCCAUCUCAGCUGGAUUGCUUACUUUUGCCUCCCUGGUUGAGCUUCUCUCGCAAGAUUUCCUUAGCGAUGAGAGUUGGCAGUUCCUCCGUGGCCGCAAGCGUAUUUAUGCUUGCCUCCUUGUGUUCUUCGGGGCUUUCUUCAUGAGUCUCGUGGGCGCUUGGGCUUGA